CUUAUCCCAAAAAACUGUAGCAUUAAAUAAAAAAUAUAACAAUGUCUAUGCUAAUUUACAAUAAUUUAUCUGCUAAAAUAAAUAUCAAUAAUUUAAUAUAAAUUUAUGAUACAAUGUUAAUAUUUAUACGUCAAACAAAUAUAUACAUCGAUUUAUCAAAACGAGAAACACCACAAAAACUAAUUAGUGCCGCGUAACGAGCAUAGAGGAGAUUAAUGGUAUACAGAAGCGACAAAACGGAGGUGCAAAACGACAAGGAAAAAGAACGAAGAAGACAUGAAAAGAGAGUAGCAUGUGAAACGCGACGCGAUUCACAAGGUUGCGACAAGGUAAACUCAACUAACGUUGUCAGGGCGGACAAGGAACACAACCGACAACCCAACCGACCGACCGACCGACCAACCAACCAACCAACCAACCAACCAACCGACCAACCGGUGAGCGAGAUAAAGCUAAGCUAAGAGGCAAGUCAAAGCAAGUCGAGAAGAGCUAGGUCGAGGCGAGGCAAGGUAAAGGCGAGUAGGGACGGAGUGUAGCAAGGCGCAUUGGCGAGGCAUGCUAAGGCAACGGGUCCAAAGUCGGUACGAGGCCCCGGUGGCGCGUUAACCUCCCGCUCGAACGCAGUACGCUCUCGACUCUCGCGCAGGCCAGGUUGCAUCAAUCCUGUUGGUCGAUCUGCUGACCACGUGCAACCCGCCAACAGGCGGCUGCGAGAGGAAAGCCACCGAGAUCCGAUCUCGUGCACGUGCCUUUCAUGCGCCAGCAACGACGAUAUCGUCAACGCAGGAGGGAAAAAGAGAGAAAAAUAAAAGAAAAGAAUCUUUCUUAAAGAGGAGGAGUCCUCCGAGAUUCGUGCAAUGUGUGUCAUGUGAAACGUAUGCGAUUAAUUGCUUCUCGGUGACUACCGAAAGCCGGCAAAGUACACCAGUGUGGAUCAAGCUCAAUCACAAAGAUCAAGCUCAAGCUCACGUUCUGUAUCUCUCGUAUUUCGUCGUUAUGGGAAUUUAAUAUCCAAGUGCGCGGGAGAAGAUAAUCCGAGGGAAGUCACGGCGCACGACCGAGAGAGGGAAACCACGGAUUAAAACGGACGUCGUAAAUUAAUUCCGUCGGAGAUUUCGAUCGGCGCGCCCUUCAGUUUGGUUUGCGAGCAGUUUACACCGUGGGGGUACCACACCGUGACGCCGGCCGGCGGCAAAUUUAAUUCCGCGGCGCCGUUUCUCACGUCGGCGAAAUCAGUCCAACCGCGCGUGGAAUGUGACGAUUAAAAAAGAGAGGCGCGCCGGCGUCCGUGACGUUCCACUUUCGAUGCGUUAAGUAACGAGACGGCGAAAAAUGAAUUCGAAAUGGUCACGCUAGUGUGCGGCGCACGUGAGCCACACGCUUGUUCACCAUCCCGCGAGAUGCAAUCGCGACGGCGCGGUAGCCCGUCGUGGGCCCUUCAAAAAUUUUCGCGCUUCGGUGAAUCGUAGGGCGAAAAAACCGGGAGAAAAACCCAGAGAAAAAAAGCCCUUCGGCACGGAGACCGGAUCGAUCGAGAACGGGUCGAAAUAAUUGAAUUAUCGAAAGCCCGUGUGAGGAGGCAGGAGGACGCGGACCCUUCGGGACAGCCAUACAUGGUCGUCGUCUGCCUACGAAAGCCGAGGAAGAAGCGGCAAGCAUGUCGUCGUGAUCGCGUGGGAGGUCGGGGCAUCGCGCACGGCGCUUUUUACGCGCGAAACGAAGCGGGGAAGCAGAUUCGUGCGCUCGCUCUGGAGCCCACGCGCGGACAGAGCGCGGCUAUUUGAGCGAGCAGCACGUUUUAUCCCGCUCUACUGAAAAUGCGCUGAUUUUGUGACGAACGGGUCUUUCAAGAGCCUACGUGACUGGCGCCGAUCUCUCUUCCCUCGAUGCAUCGCGAGAACGCGUGCCGAGCCGAAGGCGGCCGACAGAUCGAUCCGGAUGAGAUCACCCGAGAGAUGAGGGGAACCUGAUUCAGAGCAAGUUCGUGCCGCCGCCAAGUAGGCAGCGACUCGAAUAAUUACCUACAACUAGUUCGUUAGCAAACCUCAGCUAAAUCUUCACGCAAAUCACAUCGCCGCGCGAGUGAAUCAGAGAUCAAAAAGUUAUUCGACAAAAUACACGCGACACAAAGAAACGAUCGCAGAAAGAGGAGAAAUAGUAGAAAAUAAUAUGGGAUCACACAAUGUGAGAGAAUUGUGAAUCCAUGAACCGUUUUUUUUUUUUUUAUAUAGACUACGUGCGUCAUAUCGCGUGACAACAAAAAUCGUAUAUAGAAAUUCAGUGAAAAGCACAGCGUGAAAUGCACAACGUUGACCCGACGUGUCAACGUCCGAGAUGCAUUCGUGGUUGAAGUGCAUUAUCAGCAAAGUACGGUACGCAGAGGCGUCUCGCGAAAUAAAAAGUUUUGUCCGAGGCAUGUCGACGUCGUCGUCGUUGCGCUCAUGGCAAAUGCGCGCGACGAAUGAAGAUUUUCGCCAGGCGUAAAAAAUAACAAAUAAUAGAGGGAAGGAACGAGCAAGCAUGCCGGUCGCGGGAACGAGGAGAUUAUACAGAGUGGGACUCGCCGCGGUCUUGGUCACCGCACUGUGCGUCCUGACUCUGCUGGACUCGCCGCCAGCACGACUCCCGGAUCCACCGACUGAUCCUCCUCCCACGCCUGGGGGUGAACCGCCAGGCACAAGAAGCAUCGUCGCUUAUUCGUGGGCCCGAAGAUUGGCACUCGAUUACAGGCCCACCACGCAGUGCGACGGUAAUGGAACGCGCGGAAUAGCGUUAAACGCGUACGAGCUGCCCGGCACGAAAUGGCUCGAGACAAUCCCGGGACAGCUCUUCCUGUACAGCGCCCACUUGGACCUCAGAAUCGCCGGUUAUCCGAGCAUCAGAGUGAUUGGCGUUAAACGAGGAGUCCUACCGCCCUCCGCGCUCUUCUGCACUAUAUGGUACCAGGAGCACGGGAAGUUACGAUCGUUGAGCGUAGAAGCACUCAUCUCGACGAUCUGGUUAGACGAAUGGGACGAUACAGUAGACAGUUACAUCGGAAUUCUUGUAAAUUGUCAAUUGCCGUUAGACGGCUCGAUACGCCAUACGUCUCGGGUUCACGUGGGUCCGAGUCCUUGCUACGAGAAUGCUAGUCAUAGUUUAACGAUCCGCUCGGAAUUCGGUGACGAGACUUUCGCCGACCGGAAAAGGCGCCAGCAGUUCACUCUGUGCAUUAAAGGAUUGGACUUCGACAAGGAUAUAUCGCGUAAACUAAUAGCUUUUGUCGAGCUACAUCGUAUUCUGGGCGCCAAGCUCUUUUACUUCUACGUAUUUAAUGUGCACGAAAACGUACUCAAAGUGCUACGCUUGUACGAACGAUCGAACGUGGUGCGAUGGUUUACGCUUGACCUGCCUGGUAACUUGCCAAACGAGAAGGCGGCCCGAAGACGAUUCUUCAAAGAGGACAUUUGGACAAAGAGACGAAUGGAGCUGAUUCCAUACAAUCACUGUUUCUACGAAAACCUUUACCGGUCGGAAUUCGUGAUACCAAUUGACAUCGAUGAGGCAAUUGUGCCGAUACGCCGAAAGACCUGGCAUGAAUUGCUGCUGGACGAGCGUGUGAAACUCGGCAGAAGCUUCAAGGACUUCGCCUCGUACUCUGUAAGGAAUGCCUAUUUCUUUCCCGAGUUGCAAAACAAGAGUCAAACCGAUCGGUUGACCGGACUGGACAAAGAGCUCCGUCGCUCGGCCGAGUAUACAAACUAUCUGGAUACCAUGAGAACGGCAAGUAUUUCGCCCGAGGGUGACUCUGUGAAAAGUUUCGUCUCCACGAAGCGCGCGCUAACGGUGCACAACCACUAUGCCCUGACCACACUAAACCCAUCCACUAGACGGGCUCAUCAUCUAGACUCGAAUGACGUGCUCAAGCACCAUCACCGGGCUUGCGACAGCCGACAACUCGAUUGCGAUCUCUUGAUGGAGGACGUUAGGAUCGACGAAUCCGCUUUACGUUAUGCGGACGAGCUCAAGACAAGGAUGAAAAUCACCUUGGCCGAUCUCGACGCCCUGCCAUAGACUAUAGUGAUAUUGUAAAUAAUAAAAAUUCUUUUCGAAA